AUGGAACGGAACGAAGAAGAGCUACCUGUAGCUGCGAGUACUUCUCCUCGUAACAAAUCUUACAACUCGGGUCGCUCUGUAAAUAAUAUGUUACUAGGUUUUUCUAUGACAAAAAGUCCAAACGUUGGUUUUGGCCCUCGUUCUCAUUUCAGCUCUCAAAGUAAUUUAGAUAAUGGUCAACCGUCAUAUUCUGCUUCUCCUGGAAAGAUCCGUAAUCAAACAAUUGCUCUUGGUGAUGUCGAUAGAAGAAAGGAUUCUCCUCCCGGUGAAUUAUCCGCUGCUGGCCAAAGCAAUUUAUCUUUGCUCCUUCAAAAAACUCCUUCUCCACCUAAAGAAACAUCUCAUAAAACUACUGCUGCUGAUGGCGCCCAAGAUUCAAUUCCUCCAACAAUAAACGUUAUAUCUAAUGAAUCGCCAGAUUCUGAGUACUAUGAUCCUAGAAAUGAAUCAAGACCAUUGCUUGAAACUUUUCCUCACAAUUACGGAAAUUGGUUACCUUCUGAUGAUCCAUUAUCUAUUGAAAAUCGUUCUUUUGUUGAAAAAUUUUAUGAUUGGUUACCUUGCACUGGUGAUGACCGUUAUGAACGACGAAGACCAAGUUUUAGAUGUACCCCUGAAAAUAUUUUCCGUCAG